UCUCUCUCUCUCUCUCUGUUUACAGCUUUGAAUAUCUGACAUUUCUUUCUCCCUCAAACACCAGUCAGACCUGCUUUCAUCACAAAGAAGAAAUAAACGUUCCUUUGGCAUAACCAGUCAGGACCAGAACUACUCACAUCCAGCAAUAUCUUGAUGUCCUGAGUCCAUCUUGCUAUCUCGACUUCACAGUCUUUUCAGCUAUAGAAGAACGCAACAGUACAAACAUGGAGCGUGUCCAGCACAUUACGAAGUCAGCCAUCCGUCGCGCGUCUCAAAUCGAGGUGACUCCGCAGGCUAGGAGGAACCUGCAGGAGCUCUUCGUCAACUUCACCCUCAUCCUUAUCUGCCUGCUUCUCAUAUAUAUCAUCGUCCUGCUGAGCAGCUGAUGCUGCAACUGUGGACUGGGCACCCUCACACUUCAUUCACCCACUCCAUGUGUGACUGCAUGUAUCCCUAAUGCUGCUCCAAGUUUGUCCACAACUUGGUGAAAUUUUUUUAAACUGAAGAGUGAGCGAGCUAUAGUAUACACCUGUCGGCAGUAUAGAGUUGGACAUUUUGCACAUUUACCAGAAAGGUUGUGUCACAUUUACUUUAAAACAUAAACAAUGUGUGACACUCACAGCUACUCAAGACUUCCACAGGUUGGUUGACGUCUCACUCUUAUUCUGAAAACGAAAGACAAAAUCAUUGCUUGUUGUGCACUGUUCAAUAAACACAAAGAAACCAUGGCUAUGAAUGAGAACAUUUUCUCUUUUUUUAUAUUCACAUGGACUCUUGGCAUAUGCUUUAUGCAGUCAAAAGACAAUCAUAGCAUACGGAUGUUCUGGGAAAUUUAAGAUUACAGCUGUCAUUUUCACUGAGAGACAUACUAGUAUGGAAAUGAAGGCCAGUUACCGUAAUGGGGGGAACUAUGACUACACUAGACAAAAUGAAGCUUCUUUCAGAAUUGAGCAUAAAUGAUUUGUAGUCUCAGCCUCUUAAAUGUGCUAUUGGAGGAAGUGUGGUCAAGUAGCCUUUGACAAAAAUCCCAAAAUCUGUUGAAGGUUAGAAUCCUUUAAAUCUAAGCGUGUUCCGAACAGCAUUUCUGCUUUAUGAAUUAGAUAUGCCUAUUGAUAAUCAAAUCAGUACACAGUGAGACUUUGCAUGAAAGUAGCUUUGUUAAAUGUUGGUCUACCAAAUGUACAUCUUUUUGCAUUUUGCAGUCACAAUUUAUCAUAAACAAAAACAAAAAAAUAUAUAUAUAUAUAAUACCCUACCAGGCCUGAAACAUGGCUGUAUGUUGUGAUGUUCUCUUCAUUGUUCUUUUAAAACUUCAACAUUCCAAAUAAAACACACAAGCACAACAAUGUUCAGGUAUUUCUUCACAAAAAGUGAUCUGUCAAACAUGACAAUACACAAAAGCCAAAGUGCACAACCAGAUAUUUACUGUUUAAUAACAUACAACAGAAAUUAUAUAAAUAUAAACAUUGUUAUAAUUGUUGUACAUUUACGUCAAGACAAACAAAAGUCUAUAAGUCACAAGAUUGAAUCCACUUUCACCCCAGUUCAAAUAGCAAACUU